AUGCUGGCUGUCACCGACAAUAAGCUCACGCGCGCCGAGGUCGAACUCGGAGAAACUCAGCAGGAGCUGCUCCUGAUCAAGAGUACACUUGUCACGGGCAAUGGCGACCUCACUUCACCUCAGAACGAUGUGGUGUCUACCCAAAGCAGGCUCACCCAAGUCGAGGCCGACCUCAUCGCCACUCGUGACAAGCUGGAGAGCACCGAGAAGACUCUCGCCGAAUCCAAGGCCCAACUGUUCGCAGCUCGGCACAAGCUAGCCAAGGCCAAGCUUGCCGCAGUAAAGACAAAGCUGUCGACUACGGAGGAACAGCUCGCUGCUGUUCAGAAGGACCUCGUAGAGUCAAAGAAGGAGCAUGCGGCUACCCGCGAGAGAUUGGCCACUGCGGUUGAAAACGAGUUCAUGGGAGCCCAUGUGGCGUACAAUGCUCCUUUCCAAGAGAUCGGGAGGCGUGUCCGAGUGCGUAAGGGCUGGCUCCUCGACAAGGUCCUCACCCAUUCCUCGGCCACCCGAGACAAGGCCCAUUCGUAUGAGCUACUCGAGUACGCUGGCGACGAAUAUAUCAAGAUCGCCGCUAUUGAGGUCACGAGCGAAUGGCGGGAUGCGAAUAACUAUGAGCGACACCAUAUGCUGACGACCAAGACGGUUGUGGAGCUUAUGGGCCGCAAUACCACCCUCGCAAGGAUCACCCGUCAUUACGGGUUGGACCGAGACAUCGACCUCCGGGUUCGGCCCACCGAUUUCGAGAUGACCAAGAUUGAGGGCGAUGUCUGCGAGGCGCUAGCGGCUGCGUACUGGAAGGAAUAUGGUCCCGAGCACGGCCUCGAGAUCAUUAAGAACAUGAUCCGGCCCAUUUGCAGUUGGAUUUUCGACGAGAUCCGCGCGGGCAGGCUGUGGACCCACCAGCCCCGCGGUCGGCGCAACCGCCAAUGA